GGCAUAUAGCGCAUCGGACUAGGACUCGGAGCGAAAUUUUGAAUUGUAAAUGAAUGAAUGAAUCGCCAUUAUUCGAAAGAGUACAGAUAGACAGGGAAAUGUAGAUCAGUACUAGAAAAAAUGGAGAACCAAUGGAGUAAAAGUGAAACAAGCAAUGGAAUUCCAUAUUACAUCAACCAUUACAGUGAGGUCACGCAAUGGGAUCACCCAGAUCUUGUGUCGGCCAUGUCCAGUUUGAGCAAAAUGGACAACAUUCAGUUUGGUGCAUACAGAACUGCUGCUAAGCUUAGAAUGCUACAAAAAGUAUUGCACAUGGAUGUGGUUAACUUGAUCACUGUAAGGAUGGCUUUUGAGCUCCAUGGAUACAGUCGCCAUAACGACAGCGUCAUGGAUGCCGUCCAGCUCUACAACAUCAUCAAUGAGAUGUACCACAUGACCAAGGUCCGUGGACGGAGCACGCUUAGAUUGAAUCGAUGCAGUGAUCUGCUUCUUAACUGGCUACUUAAUUUAUUUGAUGUCCAAAGGACAGGUUGUAUAAGAGUUCUACCUGUCAAGUUGGGAAUUGCGAUCAUUUGUUCUGCAAGGAUAACAGAUAAAUACAGAUAUUUCCAAGACCUCCUUGCUAAUAGAAUAGGCAGUAUCACUCGUAAGAUGAUGUCAGAAUUCAUGCAUGACGUUACUCAGAUAACCAAUUUGAUGGGUGAGAGUGGAACGUUUGGGAAAGGUGUAGGAGCAUCAGUGGAAGACUGCUUCCAGUCGGCUUUGGGACCAACCAUUUCUCAGGAUGAUUUCUACCAGUGGUUGAUGUCUGAACCACAGACCUUAGUCUGGCUUCCAACUCUACAUAGGUUCUCAGCUGCAGAAAAAAUGAAGCACGAGGUCAAGUGUUCUGUUUGUAAGAUGUAUCCUAUCAUUGGACUUCGCUACCAGUGCCUCAAGUGUUUCAACUUUGACCUCUGCCAGAAUUGCUUUUUCACCCGUAGGUCGUCCAAACAUCACAAGCAGAGCCACCCGAUGCAGGAGUACUGCCUCUCGAGUAAAUCAAAGGAGGAUGUCCGUGCCUUUACAAAGACUGUGCGCAAUAAUUUGAGUAAGAAACAUGGCCGCCGUAUCAAGAAGAAAUAUCGCUUUAUAGAGGAUGGUUGGGAAUCUGAUGACAAAGCAAGUGAUAACCAAGAUGCUGAAUUAGAGACCCAUGUUAGGCUCAGUCAAAUGUCAGAGAGGCUGAAAGCAGUGGAAGCCCAACAACCUCCAGGGUUACAUCGUUCUACUAGUCUACCACCCUCUAUCAAGUCCGCUAGGCCAUCUAUCGGUACAACAACCACUGAUGAGAGUAGAUAUCAAGAGCGACGAGUGCUGGAGAAUCUUAUAGAUGAAUUAGAAAGAGAGAAUGAUGAGCUUAUGGAUGAUCUCGAACGUUUAGGCCUGCAUGUCCAAGACUCCACCUCAUCAUCAACUGAGACGUACUCAGAACCAAGGGAACGUGAACCAUCUCCACAUGACCGAACAAGACUAGUGGAGCAGCGAAAUGAAGUCUUCGCUCGCUAUGAAGUCCUGGAAGAACAUAACAAGAAAUUAGAGGAGCAGCUAAAAAACUUCAGAACCAUGAUACAUAGGAAGGAGACAAGCCAAGGAAGGUCUGAUCACUCACCAAGAUCUGCAUCCCUCAACCACAGUCCUUCAUACCCUCCAAGCAACACCAACUUCCACCAUCAAGGAUCCAUGAACCACACGUCCAAUCACAGUUCAGGAUACCAGGCCAGUAGCGGGUAUGACCGGACGGGCGAGCGACUGCCCCCCUAUGGACAAUCCCACCCCGCCCUUGACACCAUCGCGGACCUUUCAUCAGGGUCGUCUGGUGCAUCGGCGGUUAGACCACGGUUUGUCAUGAUGGGGAAGGACUACCCAGAUGGGCAUGGAGACCCUGGACUUGGUCCUCAACCCCUGUAUACUAGUCAAGCACUCCCAGUGGGGGUAGGUAAACAUGUUAAUGGGCAUGGUUAUGGUCAGGGAAAUGUGAGUAGAGCUUUUCAUCAGCAUCGAAUGACUGAUCUGUCAAAGGUUGCGACUGGGAGCUUUCGGUUGCUGCCACCUGCUCCACCUUACCCUGGGAAUAUGGAUUCUUCUGUCUUAGCUCCACCGGUGGUUACUCAUGCUCGACAGACUUCAGCACCAGCUCCGCUUCAGGGUAGUGGAGAUGGUGCACACAGUUUUUAUGGUUUACAGAGUGAUGCAUCACCGGUGCAUCAAGCUAGUGUGGGUGGUGUGUACCCUUUCGGGAGUCAGAGUGCUAUUGCCCCGCACCAUGACAACAGCCAAGGCUAUCAGACCAGUUUAUCGCAUUCCGCAGACAUUCCAUUCAGUAGCCAACAUCCUUCUCGCCUAGAACAGUCCCAUCAUGUCGGAUUCCAAAUCGACCAAUCACAUCCGUCUGGGCUUCAAACGGACCAAUCACAUGCAUCCCGAUUUCAAAUGGAUCAAUCACAUGCAUCAAGAUUUCAAACUGACCAAUCGCAUCUAUCUGGAUUUCAAACGGACCAAUCACACCCAUCCAGGUUUCAAAACAACCAAUCAAUCCCUGCUGCAUUUCAAAUGAACAAGUCGCGUGCCUUAGAGAGCGUGUUGGAUCUGGAGCGUUUCCUGCCCAACAUCAACGACCAAUCGACGGUUCACUUUCCAACGACAGGUGUAUCCAUGGCUUACCCAUCGGAGGAAGCUGAAUUGGAUGAGUUGAUUCAGAGAAUGACUGAUGCUUUCCCUCUCCAUGACAGCCCCUCUCCUCCUCCUCCAGCUGAACCACAUGUGCCUGUCAUGACAAUGGAAGAAUUCCUUCUACCAAGACCAAGGAGAUCAAGAGGAAGUAGGCGAGGGAGUGGUGACCUAUUUUCAGCUGCUAAUCGGAUUGGAGAAGCAAUGUCAACGCUUGUUACAAGAGUUAGUGUUGAAGGAGCACAAGGCUAGCAGUUUCACUCUACGUAAUGGAUUAAAAAAAAGCAAAGUCACAUUCUCUAGGCAUCUGGAAAUGGAAAACCAUAUUUGUUUAGUAGUCUUUCUGGGUCAAAGAGAUGAAGCUUUCCUGCUUUCCAUAAAUACGUUGAAUCUCAUUAUAAGAUAAUGAUAAUGGAAAAAUCAAGAUAACAAUUCUUCAAAAGCCGUUUUCAGUAUUACUUUGUAGUCGACAUACCUAACUUGCCUCACUUUAUGAGUAACCUGUAUUUCACAUGUCUACCUUUACAUUUUUCACCUUGAGCAUAUUUGUCCAUGAAUUGUGCUGCCUCAAAUGUAUUUAAUUUUAUAUUUUACAAAUUUUUGUUCCGAUGGUAACUAAUAUUUAUUUAAAUGUAUAUUGUAUUGUUAUUUUGAUGGUGUUAGAAAUCAUAUAGGAAUAUUUCAGGGCUCUUUUGAGCAUUUGGGGGACUCGUUUUGAUUUUCCAGGGCUCUUGAGUAUUUUGGAGGCAAAACUGCCCUCGGGCCCCCCUUAUGAGUUUUUUCCUGAUUCUAAAAAUUAAAUGGUCAGUACUCCCUUGUAAGAUAUGAACGUUAUCUGUUACUCCAGUUGAAUUCACAUUACGUGCAUUUAACCUUUAUCAAAGCUUUAGAUGUUUAUCACGAUCAAUACAAAAGGUUAUGUUGCAAAAAUCUGGACCCCGUCUUACAAAGAUUUACGAUUGACCCAAUCAAUGGUAACUCUUUUGAAAUCCGUCAGUGUCAUAAUUUUUUCUACAGGAAAUUUGCAAAAUGUCCUUUGUAAACAAAGGAGAACACACCAAAUUGUCAAGAAAUCAAUGAAGUUAUGGAUAUACAUUCAUAUCUAGAAUUUUUUUUGAACAAAAUGCAUUUUAAAUGUUGACUUUGCUGGUUUUCCAUAGUUGCGAUUGAUCGUAUCAAUGGCAACUCUUAGUAAGACAGGCCCCUGGUUGAUGAAUUUUCAUGUUUAGUGAGGUGGUUAUCUAUGUUCUACCAUAUAUUAAUAAUUAUGUAGGUGGUAUACAGCAAAUUUUUAAACAAUUGCCUUUUUGUAUUGAAAUAAACAGAGGAUAUUGUGGGGUUUUUUUUCACAAGAAUAGAAAUUUCUUGUAAUAUCAAGAGUCAUGAUUACUGUUUAUUUGACAAUUUUAUUUUUUCCCCGUAAAAGGAGGAAAUGUGGCUUUAUUUCAUCAUAGAACAGUAGGUGAAAUUUCCUUAUUUCAUGAUGGAUGUGGAUGUUUAAUUUGUCAUCAUGAACAAGUAGUCACUCGACAGUUUUUAUAGUGUAAACCAGGGGCCAGUUUAAAAUGAUUAAUCAAACAGUUUUUUUUUGUAUCAUUGAUUAAUCAUUAUACUUUUUUCAGUGAUUCAGUCGUAAAAAUCAACCCCUUUAGCAAUUGCUAAGCGUUGCGGAUGAUAAUGAAUCAAUUCAAUUGUGUUACAGGGCCAAAGUGUUUUAAAUGUGCUACUUGCUUCAUUUAAUUUCCAUUGCUUCGUCAAAUAACUGGUCAAAAUACUUGACUGAAUGCGUAUGAGUUUGUUUGAAAAAUAAAGUGAAAGAAAUCACUCA